UAGGUCAAGAAGUAGGAGCUGUAACUACAAGCCACCAUGCUGCUCAUCCUCGUUUUCCUGCUCUCCUUCUCCAGCUUGGACCUCCAAAUAAGUGGAGCAACGACUGACACUCUCACCUUGGGCCAGUCUCUCCCAUGGAACCAGACGCUGGUAUCCAAGGGCGGCAACUUCGAGCUCGGCCUCUUCUCGCCGGGCAACUCCAAGAAGCAUUACAUCGGCAUCUGGUUCAAGAAGGUCUCCAAGCAAACGGUCGUGUGGGUGGCGAACCGGGACAGCCCGAUCCUUGACCCGUCGGCCUCUCGCUUCACUCUGAGCAACCGCGGCGAGCUCCUCCUCCACGCGACGCCAUCGAACACCCUGCUGUGGUCGUCCAACGCGUCCUCCCCUUCGCCGCGCACCACCGUCGCCACGCUCCAGGAUGACGGCAACCUCGUGGUGCGGAGCAACGCGUCGUCGGCCCUCGUGGCGUGGCAGAGCUUCGACCACCCCACGGACACGUGGCUCCCCGGUGCCAGGCUCGGCUACGACAGGGCCCGCGGCGUGCACAGCUUCCUCACGUCGUGGACCGACGCGGACAACCCGGCGCCCGGCGCCUUCUCCAUGGAGAUCGACCCGCGCGGGCAGGCCAAGUUUGAUCUGCUCGCCGGCGGCACGCACCAGUACUGGACGACCGGCGUGUGGGACGGCGAGGUCUUCGAAAACGUGCCGGAGAUGCGGUCGGGCUACUUCGAAGGCGUCACGUACGCACCCAACGCCAGCGUGAACUUCUUCAGCUACAAGAACCGGGUACCGGGCAUCGGCAACUUCGUGCUGGAAACGAACGGGCAGAUGCAGCGGCGGCAGUGGAGCCCGGAGGCCGGGAAGUGGAUCCUCUUCUGCUCCGAGCCCCACGACGGGUGCGACGUCUACGGCUCGUGCGGGCCCUUCGGCGUGUGCAGCAACACCUCCAGCGCCAUGUGCGAGUGCCCCACGGCCUUCGCGCCGCGGUCGCGGGAGGAGUGGAAGCUGGGGAACACGGCCUCAGGGUGCGUGAGGCGGACCAAACUGGACUGUCCCAACGACGGCUUCCUGAAGCUGCCGUACGCCGUGCAGCUUCCGGGCGGUUCGGCAGAGGCGGCCGGAGCCCCGCGGAGCGACAAGAUGUGCGCUCUCUCCUGCUUGCGAGACUGCUCCUGCACUGCCUACGCUUACGAGGCAGCCAAGUGCUUGGUGUGGAACGGCGAGCUCGUCAGCCUUAGGACACUCCCUAACGAUCAAGGCGUCGCGGGGGCUGUUGUUCUUCACGUCCGUGUCGCGGCCUCGGAGGUGCCACCGUCUGCGGCGCAUCAUUCUUGGCGAAAAUCAAUGGUGAUCCUUAGCAGCUCGGUCUCCGCCGUGGUCCUACUCCUGGCGGGCCUCAUAAUCGUUGUCGCGGUGGCGGUGGUCGUGCGGAAGCGGCGGGGAAAGGGCAAGGUGACGGCGGUGCAGGGCUCGCUGCUGCUGUUCGACUACCAGGCCGUGAAAGCGGCGGCGCGGGAUUUCACGGAGAAGCUCGGCAGCGGCAGCUUCGGCUCGGUGUACAAGGGGACUCUCCCCGACACGACGCCCGUGGCCAUCAAGAAGCUCGACGGCCUGCGGCAGGGCGAGAAGCAGUUCCGCGCCGAGGUCGUCACCCUCGGCAUGAUCCAGCACAUCAACCUCGUCCGCCUCCGCGGCUUCUGCUCCGAGGGGAACAAGAGGGCGCUCGUAUACGAUUACAUGCCCAACGGCUCGCUGGACGCGCACCUGUUCAAGAACAGCUCGGGCUCCAAGGUCUUGAGCUGGAGCCAGAGGUUUGGCAUCGCAGUUGGCGUGGCCAGGGGGCUGUCUUACUUGCACGAGAAGUGCCGGGAGUGCAUCAUACACUGCGACAUCAAGCCAGAGAACAUCCUCCUUGAUGAGGAGAUGGGCGCCAAGGUUGCGGACUUCGGCAUGGCCAAGCUUGUCGGCCACGACUUCAGCCGCGUUCUGACCACCAUGCGGGGAACGAUGGGCUAUCUGGCGCCAGAGUGGCUCGCGGGCGCGCCGAUCACCGCCAAGGCCGACGUGUACAGCUUCGGCCUGCUCCUGUUCGAGCUCAUCUCGGGACGCCGGAACAACGGCUCCUCGGAGACAGGGUCCAACUCCGCUGUGUACUUCCCGGUGCACGCCGCCGUCAGGCUGCACGCGGGGGACGUGGUCGGGCUGCUAGACGACAAGAUCGCCGGGGAUGCCAACGUGGAGCUCGAGAGGGUCUGCAAGGUCGCGUGCUGGUGCAUCCAGGAUGAAGAAGGCGACCGGCCGACCAUGGGGCUCGUCGUGCAGCAGCUGGAAGGUGUCGCUGAUGUCGGCCUGCCGCCGAUCCCGUCACGGCUUCACAUGCUGGCGAUGAUGAAUAAAUGUGCCGUCGGUGGGGAAGCAGAGGUUGAACCCUGUUCAAAUAGCGGUAGCAAAAUAGACACAGAAGUUUGAAGGUACUACGCAGGUCCGAUAGGUAAUUGUAGUUUCAGCAUGCGAGUCCCAUUGUUCAUAUGCCUGUUUGCCGU